GAAUUGUUUUCUUUGGUCGCUGACUUCACCUCACAAAUGGACCGUUCGGUCGCUAAUCCUUCUGUGUGGGACACACAAAAAGUGUAUAAGCACCACGAGCAACAAAAUGUUGCCCAAACACGUCCUAAAUACAGGGAGGGAAGACGCCUCAAAGCUGUCAAGGUGUAUACCAUCAACUUGGAGUCUCGGUUCCUGAUAGUUCAAGGAGUGCCCGCUAUUGGAGUGAUGACAGAGCUGGUGCAGCUCUUUGCUCUCUACGGAGUGAUCGAGGAGUACAGGGCGCUGGAUGAAUACCCGGCUGAGCAGUUCACUGAAGUCUACUUAAUUCAAUUCCAGAAGCUGACGAGUGCAAGGGUAGCUAAACGGCACACUGAUGAAAGGAGCUUCUUUGGGGGUCAGUUACAUGUCUGCUAUGCCCCCGAGUAUGAAACUGUGGAAGAUACAAGGCAAAAGUUACAGGACAGGAGAAGAUUUGUUAACAGAGCAAGCCAAAAUACAGCAAAACAUCACAAUCAGAAACCAGAAGAAAGCAGAGAGUCAUCAAGCAGAGACACACGAGCAGCUGCAGCUCCUGAGGUCCAGAAAGACUCUGAAAAGGCCAGAAUGAAGAAUGUAAACUCUGACGACAUGGGCUUUCCUGUGCUUCCUUCACUCCCAGUGGAGGAUGUUUCUUAUAGAAUUCAUGGUUUUGCACAGCCAUUACAGUUGCAGUGGACCACCAAUACAACAUUACCCACAGAGGAUAAGAUGGGCUCUCUACAUAAUUCCAUCCCUCCUGUCCCAGAAACAUCAAAGCAGAGUGCAUCCUGCUCAUCUUCAAGUGUUAAAGAGAGAGAUUUGAGUCAUGUGCAGAAGAACCUUUCACCUUCUGUUAGAUUUAUGCCGAGGACUACACAUUUAGAGAGUAGAAAAAGAAAGUUGGAGGGACAAACAUUCUUUUUGAAUGAAGCAUCCGAAACUGAGACUCUGAUUGGUCCAAAAUUACCAGAGCUGCCCAAAGUGGAUAUGGAGGAUCAGUCGCUUAAUGUAACCGCCAGUUUGAUCCGUCAAACUAUGAGUAAGGUUGCAUCUGUUCCAGAUGUCAAACCUGUACAAGUAAAGACCCUUACUGCAAAGCCACGCAGAAGAAUUUAAUAAGACAAUCAUGGUCUCACAUUGAACAAUAUUUUAGAUAUUUAUUUCAGUUUCACCCAAAAAAAUUUGUUUAACUUUUUUUUUUCAUAAAAAAAAUUAAGUGAUUCUUUUCAAUGUCCAUGUAGUUCCUGGAAUGCAUGUUGCUCAAAUGCCAGUAUGCUCUGCCAAACAAUGAAAGAACAAUUUGAGAGUUUGUCAUUUAAAAUUACAAUAAAUUUUUAUAUAGUU